UAUCGCCCAGAGAGUGUGUAAAGCGGUUUCCGCCCUCUCUGGUCCUCUUCCUCCGCUACAAGGUUCACCAUGUCGUCCCAUUUGCAGUGGAUGGUCAUCAGGAACUGCUCCAGCUUCCUCCUCAAGAGGAACGGACAAACCUACAGCACCGAGCCCAACAACCUGAAGGCCAGGAACUCUUUCCGCUUCAAUGGGCUGGUGCACAAGAAGACAGUCGGUGUGGAGCCGGCUGCUGAUGGCAAAGGUGUUGUCGUGGUCCUGAAGAAGCGCAGUGGUCAGAACAAACCUGCCAGCUCCUAUGUGAAGGUGACCAUCAACAAGAACUCCCGUGCCACCCUCAACAGCGUCAGGCACAUCAUUCGCAAGAACAAGUACAGGAAGGACCUGCGCAUGGCCGCCCUGCGUCGCGCCAGCGCCAUUCUGAGGAGCCAGAAGCCUGUUGUUGUGAAGAAGAAGCGCACUCGGGCCACCAAGACCGCAUAAACCCGCGCACCAUGAUUAAAUAAAACAAUUGUUUGUCAGAAA